AUGGAUAAUAACAACAGGAGCUGCAGCAACAACAACAACCGCAAUAGCAGUGACGACAAAUAACGCAACAAAAAGGCGAAUCAAAUGACUCGGGUACUGAAUCUGAUGGCGAUAUCUUAGAUGUGGAUACAAAACAUCAUCAACAUCACUUAGAGUUGGAUAUGGAAACUAGUUUUAGUUCCUGCACCGAUGCAAACUCUCCGACCGAUACAAUUUGUUCAUCAGAAUCUUCUGCGAUGAUGUGUAAAUCCCACCUUCAGUACGAUCAGCACAGUUCCGAAGAAGAACUUGAAGUUAUUAAUGGACCCUCAUCUGUAGCGGCGGCUGAAGCGGCCCAUGCCGCCAGUAAUGUAUUAACGGUGCGUGGCACAUCAUCACUGAUAUCAGAACGUGGGACAUCAUCAUUGGAUCCCGAUGAGUUGCAGGGAGAAGCAGCGGCCUUAAAAAGGUCCAGUUCAACAUUAGUAGAGAAUCGUAAACGAUCACUGGCACACAGUUCCGAUGACGAUUUACGAAAUUUCUUGGAACCGAUUUUAACGCCUGUCAACUUUCGCACAUCACCGCCUUUGGAGGCUUUCAAGCCGAAUCGUAGCCACAUGUAUCGUUCGACAACGCCACUCAUACUGCAGGAGGCACGUUGCGGCAUUGAAAAUAUUAAGUUAUGUGAUAAUAGUGUUAAUGAUGAAAACGGCGGCUCAGCCGUUGGCAACAAUGGCGACUCGUCCUCGUCACACUGUGCCAUGGGCACCGAGGAGGAGAAUGCCGAAAAUAAUGAGGGUGGUGGCGGCAGUAGCAUUAUCAAAAUGAAAAUGAGCGGUUCGACCAGCAGUCAUCACAUUUAUCAACCUCAAGCCAAGCAUAAUUUUCAUUUUAAUAGUUCGCGCAGUAGUCCUGCCUCCACGACUGGUCUCGAUGUUGAGGUACGGUCGGUUAGUCCACCGGCGAAACUCUUCCAUUGUGCAAUAUCACCUAGACGCCGACCCAUGCGCACACCACACAAUUCACAGCGGCUGCAGAGGCCGCACAGGCCAUGUUUAGAUUUUGAUAAAAUGCAGCAGGUUAGUUUGUAAUGUAGCGCCAAAUCAAAGACAAAAUUUCAGAACAGCAGCAUCAUCAGCAACAACAACAACAGCAGCAGCAACAAAAACUAUCACUAUCACUAUCAUCAUCAUCGUCGCCACCACCACCAUCAUCA